CAGCAAUCCUGCCACAAUCCCAAAUUACUUGAAAAUUAACUCCACCACGUUCUCUCAAACAGGCCGCUCAGCAGGUUAUAGUUUCUUUCCAACUGACAAACUAGAUAUAAUCGCGUGCCAGGCCUGUCCAUUUUAUCCCAAUUUACUUUUACAGACGCCCCACCCUUGUGUUCUCUAGAAAGGUUCAUAUCUCUAUUACUCGGCAACAGUAUACACGAUGCCUCACCGAAAUUCAGUAGAGAGGGUGGACAGUCAUGGCAUGAACCAGUUCACAAAUGUUUUCCAAAAGCUGUCUGAACGCGUCGGAUACCACAGCCUCUCUCCUGAAACGGUAAAAAUUGCCAACUAUCCGAGUGAAGAAUGGCUCUCGGAGACUGAGAGACACAUCCCGUCGAGCCAUGGCAGGCCAUUGGAAGAUGUACUCCGCGACGCCGACGAGAUCUUCUCAUAUCGAAUCAGCACAAUGCAUCCUCAAUUCUUUGCUUUCAUUCCGUCACCAGUCUCCCCCGUGUCCUGGCUGGGAGACUCUCUCACUGCCGCAUACAAUACCUAUGCGGGAAGCUUAGAGUCAGGCUCCGGCGUCUGCGCCGUGGAAAGAUCCAUGAUUGCCUGGAUUGCUGAACGGUUCGGCUUGCCUCGGUCUGCGGGUGGCCAGUUUGUGUCAGGGGCAUCGAUGGCGACUCUGACCGCAGUGACCGUUGCCAGGGACCAGCGCUUGAAGGUUGAGCUGCGACACAAGGUGACCGUGUAUAUGUCGGAAGACGCACACUUCUGUAUCACCAAGGCGCUCCGCAUCGUCGGCUUGCAGGAUUUCCAAGUCCAGACUAUCCGCUGCGAUUCAAAAUACCGCAUGGAUACCGACCGUCUUCGUCGUGCGAUAUCAAACGAUAUUGCUGACGGCUGCAAGCCAUUCCUUGUUGUUGCCACGUGUGGGACAACGAACACCGGCGCCAUUGAUCCUCUGAACGAAAUUGCAGACACAGCCAACGAAUAUGGAUUAUGGAUGCACGUCGACGCCGCCUACGGCGGAUCUGCCGCAUUCUCCAGCACCCAUCGCUCCCUGGUGAGCGGACUUGGCCGCGCAGACAGCAUCGCCUGGGACCCCCACAAAUGGCUCUUUCAAACGUACGGCUGUGGCACGAUCGUCUUCCGCGAGAAAUCCCACCCCCUGGGGAGUUUUGCAUCCACGGCCCAUUUCUGCCGCGACGUCGAGGGUGAAAAGGACCCCAAGAAUCCCUGGAAUUAUGGAAUCGAGCUGACGAGGCCCGCGCGCCAUAUGCGCCUUUGGUUUAGUCUGCAGGUGCUUGGCAUGGACACAAUUGACCAGAUGAUUGGGCGAGGCUUUGAGUUGUCGGCACUUGUUGAAGGCGAGAUAAAAAAGCUGCCAGAUUGGGUUCUGUUAGCCCCCACAUCCUUAGCCAUCGUGAACUUUCGCUUUGCCCCACACGGCGUGGACGAAAGGCUUCUCGACCAGAUUAAUACUCACGUGGCGAAAGACUUGAUUGCCGGCAAUGUCGCGUACAUUCUCACCACUCGUCUGGGAGGCGUGGUUGGUCUCCGGAUGUGUACCAUCAAUCCGCGAACCACUGACGACGAUAUCCGUCGCGUGGUGAGAGCACUGGAUUGCAGUGCUCAGGCUGCCUACGGGGAACUGGACCGGGACCGGAUGUGAGAAAUUACACCUAUCAAGGUAAGAGGACGAUCUCGGCGGAGUACGCUGUCAUGGAUUUAUGAAUCAUGAUUAUCCUGCUGGGCUAACACGCUUAGGGCCUAGCUCGUCAUGAGACAGUCUCUCUCAAGCCAAGUUUGAUUCCAUACAAUGGCCAAGUUUCGUUAGUGAGGUGGGGUUGAUAAUCCACCUUCCA